AUCUUUCUGAAGAAUCUGCUAUCAUAUCAGUUUGAGCUGUUGGUAAUCCUUGUUUCACAGAUUGGUUCUGUUUUCAUCUAUUAUGGCUUUGAGUAUAUAAGAUAAUCUUUAGAAGCCUCUGCUAGAUAAACCAGAAAGAAUGAAGAACCAAAACUAUCAGUACCCAACGAACUCAGUUCCAAAGCCUUUGAAUGUUCAAAGCCACCUGGUUCGUCUUAUUCCCAACUUGAUCCUUCUGGGUUGUGGGAUAACUCUAGGGAUCAUCAUCAGCUUCUACCUUCAGAACUGCAACUUUAGUGUCGAAUUCACCAAGUUCUCGAUCUCUUCAUUGUCAUCACCAAGAAUAUUCAGACCCCCACCAAUAUCUGAAAGACCAAAACCAGAGAUGCCUGAUGUUCCUGCCUCUAAGUCUAACAGUAGUUACAUGAAGGAGUACCUUAAGCCUCCUGUGGUCAUGCACGACAUGGACGAGAAGGAGCUUCUGUGGAGAGCUUCGAUGUCUCCUAGGAUCUCCGAGUACCCUUUCCAGCGUGUUGCUAAGGUGGCCUUCUUGUUCUUGACGAAAGGUCCUGUGCGUUUGGCUCCUUUGUGGGACUUGUUCUUCAAAGGACAUGAAGGGUAUUACUCAAUCUAUGUUCACUCAGACCCAUCUUACAAUGGAUCUGACCCAGAGAGCCCAGUGUUCCGUGGCCGAAGAAUUCCUAGCAAGAAAGUUCACUGGGGCAACGUCGACAUGAUCGAAGCGGAGCGACGGCUGUUGGCGAACGCCCUCCUCGACGUCUCGAACCAGAGAUUCGUCCUCUUGUCGGAAUCCUGCAUCCCCCUCUUCAACUUCUCCACCGUUUACACCUACCUCAUCAACUCCAAGCAGACCUACGUCAUGGCCUACGACGACCCUAGCUGGGUUGGUCGUGGCCGUUACAAACCCAGGAUGCUCCCACUAGUGUCCCUCCGACAAUGGCGAAAAGGCUCACAGUGGUUCGAAAUGGACAGAAACCUCGCACUCGAGGUUGUCUCCGACAGAGUGUACUUCCCUGUGUUUCAGAAGUACUGUCAUGGUGACUGUUAUGCGGAUGAGCAUUACUUGCCUACGUUCGUGAGCAUCAAGUUCUACGAGGGAAACUCGAACAGGUCGUUGACCUGGGUUGACUGGUCCAAGGGUGGGCCCCAUCCGAACCAGUUCUUGAACGGUGAGGUGACUCCUGAGUUGUUGGAGAGGUUGAGGAACAAGACGUGCAAGUAUAAUGGGGGUAAAGAAACCAACGUGUGUUUUUUGUUUGCUAGAAAGUUCUCGCCUUCUAGUUUGCCCAAGCUUCUGGCGAUUGCUCCUAGGGUUAUGCAUUUCUCAGAUAGUGAAGGUGCGGAUCUGAAUAAGUUCGACUGGAGAAGUACCUUGAGAAGACUCAAGUGAUGAUAUAUACAAGAUGUGAAAACUUGAUGAAAAGAUUAUUCGAGAGAUUAUUCGAUUUAUUCUUUUUCUUUUUCCCCCUGGUUUACAAGCAUUAUUAUUUACUUAUCUUGAUACUUACUGUCUGGAGUUCUUGUAACGGAUUUCGUAUUUCCGUAUAAAAAUUCAUAAAUCAAACACCCUCCGCAUGUAUCUUGACAGAAAACUUGAUGCUUUAGAGAUUAUAAGAUGAAAAGGAACGAAAUGGUGAUUGAUGGAAUGAAAGGAGUGGGGUGGGAUGGAAUCGAACAUUUCAUUGCUGGGAGUGGGAGGUUUUACUAGAGGGAAUGAAUGAUUUAAUUUAAUAUAAUUUAAUAAUUAUUAUAGUAGAUUUAAAUUAGUUAUAAUUAUAUAUUUUUUCAGUUUUAGUCUUAGAGUGGAAAGAAGUGAAAGAGUGAGAAGGAGUAAGAAUGAUUAUGGUAAGUUUUCUGAUGAUGUUAUUUAUAUUUGACCAUGCCAUUCUCCAGAUUUGGAUCCCAUGCCCAUGGCAACUACAGGAAAAAUUCAU